AUUACGUGGUCUUAUCGUGAUUUGUGUUGGUCGCGUCCUCUUAGUUGCCCAAAGCACACGAUCCUUCUCCUUCAUCUAGUAUCUGUCAUUCUACGUACUUCAAGAUUGCCUUCUUCCCUCGAGUAUCUUUUCACCGAUUCAUCGCGCAAGAAAAGCAAAAAUGGCGGACGACAGUGCGUGGUGGUACCCGGCUGAAGAGUCAGGUGAUGCUUGGUACGAAGAUUGGGAUACUGAUUGGCAAGGAGCCACGACUGGUGCCAACACUAGUGGAGGAGCCUCGACUAGUUAUAGUAAUAUUUUUAAAGGAACCUCAGCAGGAGCUUCUUCAUCAUCAACUACAACAGAAGCAGGCAAAGCACCGCACGGAGGCAAGACCAAGGGGGACAAAAAUGGCGCGUCAACUUCUUAUAGCAGAUAAGGCUUGUGUUUGUGAUUUUAGUGAGGAGUACAAGGAAGUCAGUCUAAACCAGAUUCUUCUUGUAGUCACUCCAGAACUAGGGCCAGAAGUGACAUCUUCCAAGAUACAUAGCUGUACUACCUUCCAACUAUGACUUCUAAGAUUUCGCUUCGAAGGGAUACGAGCAAGAUAGCAAUAAAGGCUAUGGCUACUACGGAGGUUACGAUUACGAGAAAGGAGGAGGUUAUCACAGUAGCGAUUAUCAAGGACACCAGAAAGGCUAUCGUGGGACGAGCAAGGGGUACAAUAGCUAUGUCGGCACGGGGAAAGAUCAACACCAUGGUGGAGCAGGUAAACAUGCAGGUUCGUCCUCAGCAGGGUCAUCGUAUAAAAGCUAUGGUUCUGCUGCUGCCUCUGCUAAGGGUGGAUGUGGCAGCGUUGCUAAAGGAGGAAAUGCUAGCACAUCAUGUUAAGGCAGUUGGAUUUUCUCUAAGUCCAUUCGUUUGAUCUAUCUACUUGACAGCUAUCUUCAUCAGAUGAGAAUGGGUCAACAAGGAAACAAAUCUCAUCAGUCCUCGUGUCGAUCUCUAAUCCCAGAAAGGUUCCUCACACAACAACUACAUCUAUGGCCACUACGGUAGCUCGGCCGCGCAGUAUGGAGGAGGAUCGUCUUCACACCAUGCAGGAGGACAACAACACGAGUACACCUCAUUGUACAAGAGUGGUGCUGCAGCGUCGUACUCUUAUCAUCAUAAGAGCAUGAGCAAAGGUGGCACUAGUUCAUAUAGUACAACAACUACUGGAGCUGAUACUUCUGGGGCCCACGAUGCGAUAGAAAACGUGGCAGGUACAACUGGAACUGAUACUUCUGGGGCCCACGAUGCGAUAGAAAACGUGGCAGGUACAACUGGAACUGAUACUUCUGGGGCCCACGAUGCGAUAGAAAACGUGGCUAG